CUCGAAUUUCCUCCUCUUCUUCUUAUUUUUUAUUUAAUUUGGGCAACGAGGAGAGAAAACUUUUUAGGGCUAAGGACUGCAUAGAUAUGGUGGUACAUACUAUAGUUUUCUGAACCAUGUCGAGUCUGGUUGCUUCCUUUGGUAACAAUCCUCCUCAACUUCGAACGAUUCGUAUACCGGGGGAUGGAAGAUGUCUGUUCCGUUCAGUGGCUCAUGGAGCUUGCUUGAGAGCAGGAAAGCCAUCUCCAAGUGAGAAUCAUCAGAAGGAAUUAGCAGAUGAACUCAGGGCUAAGGUUGUAGAUGAAUUCAUUAAAAGACGUGCAGACACUGAAUGGUUUCUUGAAGAUGAUUUUGAUACAUAUGUUGCACAGAUGAGACAGCCUCACAUUUGGGGAGGAGAACCUGAGCUCCUCAUGUCCUCCCACGUGCUACAGAUGCCCAUUACUGUUUAUUUUCGGGAUAGGAAUUCAGGUAACCUCAAAAUUAUAGCAGAAUAUGGUCAAGAGUAUGGCAAGGAGAACCCCAUCCGUGUCCUUUAUCAUGGUUAUGGACACUACGAUGUUUUGCAGGGCUCUUCUGGUGAACAAGUUAAGAUGUACAAGAAAAGGUAGAACGUUGGCUUCAAGAAGAAAAGAAAUGCUAGAAGGGAUGGCUGCCAGCUAAUCUUUUCAGACUUUAGUGUCUUCAACUAUGUACUUAUGGAAAUCUUUAUGUAAUAAAUGUUAAUCCUGCUUGUGUUCUUAAUAAAAGUUUAUAACUUAUUAGCAAUUCCUAA